ACUCGCGAGGAAGGUAGUAGCACAUUACCGAACGUCAGCAGGCGCUACCGGAGGCGCAUGAGAAACGACGAGUAAAAGCCGCGAAACAAUCCGAGGAGCCAGCAAAGGUGUGCUUGACUCAAAAGUACGGAAAGGAGGAAACUUCGCGUAAACUAUGGCCGUAUCUGCAACUCCUCCGGUGCUUUCACCGACCUCCACUCCCGGGGGCGCGAGCCUGUUCCGUCCCGACUCUCUGUACUCCAGCCCAGCCGAGUCGCCGCGACUGACCAGCAGCAUGAUCAACUCUUUCAUCACCGGCGGCGGCAGCACGAACGGCAACGGGCCCGGUGGUGUCCACAAUAACGAGUGUAAGAUGGUGGAGGUGCACGGGGUGAAAGUGGCCUCGUUCACUGUGGACGGUCAGGAGCUCAUCUGCCUCCCGCAGGUGUUCGACCUGUUCCUGAAGCACCUGGUCGGCGGACUGCACACCGUGUAUACCAAGCUGAAGCGGCUGGAUAUAUGUCCGGUGGUGUGCACGGUGGAGCAGGUGCGGAUCCUGCGCGGACUCGGGGCCAUUCAGCCGGGCGUGAACCGGUGCAAACUCAUCACCCGAAAAGACUUCGAGACACUUUAUAACGACUGCACCAAUGCCAGUUCUCGGCCUGGUCGUCCUCCUAAGCGCUCUCUCGGUGUGGCGAUGCAGGACAGCUCUCGUUUGCUUCCUCACAGCGUUCAUGGGCUGCUCUCUCCAGGUCUGCUGUCACCAACAUAUCUACUCAAACUUUUUUUCAAAUUUGUUAUUAUUAUUAUUAUUAUUAUUAUUAUUAUUAUUAUUAUUAUUAUUAUAUUAUUAU